AUGAGUCAGCCAGCAGUUCUCGCCCAGCCCGGACCGACCGCCGAGCUUUGCCGCUGGAUCUCGACAGUUCAGCUUGGCGACAUCCCACCCGAGCUCCUGACGCGCGCGAAAUACCUGAUUCUCGACGGAAUCGCCUGUGCCCUCGUCGGUGCUCACCUGCCAUGGUCCGAGAAAGCUGCCGCCGCCCUCCUCGAUCUCGAGUACAGCGGGCCGGGCGCUGCCGCGACGCUCUUCGGCUGGGACCGCAAGGUUACACCACUGACCGCCGCACUGCUCAACGGCACAUUCAUCCAGGGCUUUGAGCUCGACGACUGGCAUCGCGAUGCGCCACUUCACUCCAAUUCGAUCCUGCUGCCCGCUCUUCUCGCGGCAGCAGAGCAUAUGGGCACUCCGCCGCCGCCUGAUCACUACAAAGGCGACGGGCGAGCGGCACCACGCCACUUCUCAGGGGCUGACUUGCUGCUUGCCUAUGUCGUAGGCUGCGAGGUCGGCCCUCGCGUCGGUCUAGGUCUGCGAGGCGCAGACGUGCUCUCGCACGGCUGGCAUUCUGGCGCCGUUUUCGGGCCAUCAGCCGCCGCCGCCGCCGUGAGCAAACUGCUAGGCCUGUCGGCCGAGGCCGUGGAAGAUGCGCUGGGGAUAGCCUGCACUCAGGCGGGCGGGCUCAUGUCGGCACAGUUUGAGAGCGAGGUCAAGCGGAUGCAGCACGGCUUCGCCGCGCGCAACGGGCUUCUCGGUGCGACGCUGGCACGGGGCGGUUAUGUCGGCAUCAAGAAAGUGUACGAGCGCAAGUACGGCGGCUUCUUGACCAUGUUCAGCUCGGGUAAUGGGAAGGAGCCGCAGUACAAGCCCGAAGAAGUGUGCAAGGACCUGGGGAAAAAGUGGCAGAUCGAAGGCGUGCUGGUCAAGCCCUACGCUGCCAUGGCGGGAACUCACUGCACCGUUGAUUGCCUGGCUGCUCUUCGCGCCGCGCAUCCGGAGCGAACGCGACAGUUCGAUAACAUAAAGAGCAUCCGAAUUGAGAUGAGCGAGGCCGCUUUCCAUCAUGGAGGCUGGAAGCCAGAGCGACCGCUCACCGCGACCGGCGCGCAGAUGUGCAAUGCUUAUGUUGGGGCUACGUAUCUGGUGGACGAGCAGGUUACGCCGGCGCAGUUCAGAACCGACAAACUUGACCGUGAUCAAGUCUGGCAGCUCGUGGAUGCGACUACCUGCGAGGAGAACAAGAGCUAUGCAUCGACUGGAUUGGGCAAGACCUCCCAGAGGGUGACUAUAUCCUUCAAAGAUGGUUCUCCUUCUAUAUCGCAUGAAGAACUAGCUCCGAAGGGCGUACUGCCACCUUUAACUAACCAAGAGAUUUUAUACAAGUGGAGGCUGGUAACACAGAGUGUGAUCGAGGACAAGAAGAGAGAUAGCAUCGAGCAUGCCAUCUUAAAGUUACAGGAGUGUACAGAUAUAUCUGUCCUGGGCACAUUAAUGGCGGGAAUGACAAAGAAUCCUAUAGCCUGA